UUCGCAUGUGAUGAGUUAAGAAGAAGCACAUGAGCAUGAGGGCUCAUAUAAAAAGUCACCGUAUCAUCUUUAUUUGCCGUGGUGGGGUAUUUUGCAUGAGCGCACAUGGAGACUUCAGGAAAAGCAGGAUUGUUUUAAGCUAAACCAAAAAAAAAAAGGGAAUAAAGAUGGCAACGGCAUCAGCAAGAACCUUGGUGGAACGUCGGCGGGGCUCGCUUUUCCGAAGUAGCAAUGAAGAAGAAUUGACAAGGAAAGACGACGACUCUUCCACUUUAGCAGAUGUCGGCGGCGGCGGGUGUGGAACAUUCCGAGAUGGGGAAGAUGGAGAGGAGAACGUUUGUCGGAUGGAAACUGUUAAAGCCAGCGUGCCGCGUCCGAAGGUGAUGAGCGCCGAGGAGCGGGAGCGUCUGCGCGCACUCUUCGAUGCCUACGACACGGACCAGUCGGGCAGCAUCGAGCGCGACGAGUUCUUCACCAUCUGCACUGAGUUGCAAGUCAGUCCCAGCGAGGCCGAGCGCCUCUUCAACCGCCUGGACGUGGACAAGGACGGCACCAUCACGCUGCCCGAGUUUAUCAGCGGCUUCCACGAGCGACACCGCAUGGACGUGGAGCAGGAGCCCAGACAGGAGGAGGACGACGAGGAGCCGUGCGCCGUCGCCUGGGAGGACUUCGCGGCCCGACUGGGCGAGCAGAGCAAGUUCAUACCCAAACACGAUCUAGUGGCGACAUUGUACCAGAACGUCAGUGUGAAUGAGCCUCGGCUCGUCCCUCAGCUGGAGAAAGUUCUGCUUGGUUUCAUCAAGGAGAUCAAACAGCAGAAUGGCGAGAUGGAGAACUUGGCGCUGGCCAUCAGGCGAGCACAGGAUCAAGCAUCCAUGCAGCUCAGCGAGAUGGAGGAGGAGAUGGACCAGCGCAUUCACACCACCGAGAGGAAAACGCGUGAGCAGGAGAAAAAGCGAGGGGAGGCGGAACUGGAAGAGUUGCGAAGAACUUAUGAGACAGAAGUGUGUGAGCUCCAGUGUAAAAUCCAGAGGAUGCAAAUGAUCGAGGAGAAGUACAAGAACAUCACAGUGAAAGAUGAGAGUCCGGCCCUGAAGAAGAAGAUCAGCGAGCUCACGCUGGAGAAUCAGCGGUUUAAACAGGAGCUACUCAAGUCCCAGACCAAAGUGGCAUGUCUGCAGAGUGACAUGGACUCACUCAAGACCGAGCUCACCGACCAGAGCAUCAACUUUGAAAGAGACGAGGAGCUCAUGAAGCAGUUUUCUGAGGAGCGGGACAUCCUGGAGAGCCAGAUUGAGAUCCUACAGGAAGCCAACAGGAAGCUCCAUGACAGCAACGAUGGCCUGAGAGCCGCUUUGGAGAGGACCACCAAGUCAAGUAACAGCGCCACCAAGGACAGACUCAGAAGUAAAAGCCUCGCCUGCCCAUCACCAUACGCCCUUGACAGGUUCUGCCAGCGUCCUGACGACUUCUCCAUUUAUGGCCGACGACCCAGCAGCGACUCACUGGCACUGGCGCUGUGCGACCCGGGCCUGAAACGGCGGAACAGCAGCGAAUGUGAGGAGGACAGCCUGCCCGAAAUCUACAUGGACAGCGGCCUGUCCACGCUGCGAGGCUCGCACGGUGGAUACGACUCAGAGCAGGAGGUCAAAGGCCUGGAAGAGGAGGAGGAGCAGGAGGAGGAGGAGGAGGAGGAGGCAGAAGAGGUGACCAAGAAAAGGGAGGAGUUUGUCGCCAAAAGCUUGACUGAGGAGACCUCUGACACUGAGCCGGCAGAGACUCAAGAUGGCGAGUCAGCGUUUGGUUCUGACAGCAGCUCCGUUCUGGACUGGAAGCCGUCCGAACCUGUUCGGGCGCCCUCCUCUACGGACCAAACCACCACCGCCCCCACGCACACCAGAAAAGCCAUCAGCGCCAUCAGUGUGCAGAGGGAGGACAAGGACAGUUGCGACUUAGGCUACAUGACGUCCGAGAAGGCUUACAGGAUCGUGAUGGCCGGAGACGCCGCCGUGGGCAAGUCCAGCUUCCUGUUGCGACUCUGCAAGAACGAGUUCAAACUCAACUCCAACGCAACCCUCGGCGUGGAUUUCCAAAUGAAGACGUUCAUGGUAGAUGGCGAGCCCACUCUGUUACAAAUAUGGGACACUGCUGGACAGGAGAGAUUCCGCAGCAUCGCCAAAUCUUACUUCCGGCGAGCUGAUGGCGUUCUGCUGCUGUAUGACGUGACAUGUGAGAGGAGCUUCUUGAACGUGAGGGAGUGGGUAGACAUGAUCGAGGACAUAUCUCAGGAGGACAUCCCCAUCAUGCUGGUUGGUAACAAGUGUGACCUCAGGCAAGGGGCGGCCAACUGUGUGCCCACCAGCUAUGGCGAGAAGCUGGCAAUGACCUACAACACUCUGUUCUGUGAAACCAGUGCCAAAGAUGGCUCCAACAUCCUGGAAGCCGUGCUGCAUCUUGCCAGGGAGCUGACCAAACACGCUAAGUUGGACCAGACAGCUCAUUACCAGUCGCUGCCCAAUUUAGACGCUCCCAGGAAAAAGCCCAACUUCUCCUGCUGCAACUGAUCCACUCGUUGGGUCUGGAUUGCUACUGAUGUUGGGUCUGGAUUUUUCUUCUUUUUUUUUUUUUUUUUUAAAGCAAAAUGCAGCAAAAGGAACAAAGACUUUGUUGUUGUGAAGACAUUUGAAGUGACCGGAAGUAUAGCAGAGCACAUCUAAGCAACACAACUGCAACUUUUGUCAUUAAACAAAAAAAGAAUUACACUAUGUACUGAAUUUUCGGAGGUGUUUUUGCCUUUUAGAACUCUUGGGUUCAUCUCAUGUUGAUCUCUGCUUAUUUGCCAUCACUUCCCGCACUUCGUAGAUCCGAUGGAUGCGAUGUGAAUGCUUUAAGAAGGAUAUGAAAGUAUGAUUUAGGAUGUGACAUGUUGUUUCUUGUGGAAGGAUAGCGAUUUAUUUUUUGUCUUUUUGUUUGUUUUGUUGUUUGUUUGUUUGUAUUUUGCUUUGUUUUGCAUGAUUUUGUGGCAAUGAGCUCAACCGCCCAUUGUUUUGUUGCACAGGAGCUAAUUGUCUGCAUUUUUACACAAAAUAAAUGUCUUAUUCGA